AUGCGGGUUUAAAGUUCUGACGGUGUUGAUUGAGUGGGUAGGCGUCGACAAAGAGCUCUAGCAUCGGAGUUAAGCUCGUCUGGAAGGGCGAGGAUCCCAAAGUUGAGUGAGUCAGCCGCCUCCUCUCGCUUUCAUCUUUCAUCUCCUGUUUGCCCUCGCUAAUCGACAAACCAACGGGACAAACAGCAUCGUAGCCGUUCACGGCCUCAAAGGCGACGUUUACAGGACAUGGACCGCGAAAGGGUCCGAGCCGGGCGAAAAAGAUGUCUUCUGGCUCAAAGAUCUGCUUCCUGAGGAGGUACCCAACGCUAGAAUUUUGGCCUACGGUUACGAUGCGGACCCAUCCAAGAUGUUUGAGAGUACUAGCACCAAUAUGGUACACCAUCACGCGACCACGCUGAUUUCGGAACUGCAUUUUUAUCGGAGGGUUUGUUUGACUGGUGCUUGCCGCGUCGCGGUAUGUCUGAAGGGGUCGUUGACACUGACCGGCGGUGUUGCAGAAAGCGGACGAGCAACGGCGACCGAUUGUUUUCAUUUGCCAUUCUUUAGGCGGUAUCGUUGUUAAAAGGGUAUUCCGCCUUCGUGUGUUCUACGCUUCGGGCAGAGACUGAUCUUGUAGGGCUUGAUCUACUCGGCCAGCUGCAACCUCAGCCAUAACAUCAUGUUUCGGUCCAUCAAGGUUUCAACCUACGGCGUCCUCUUCCUCGGGACCCCGCAUAUGGGCGCGGAUCUGGCGCGGUGGGGGAAAAUGGCCGAGAUGCUCGUGCGCAUGGUUUCGUCCAAGAGCUGGGUCGACAGCAACAGCGCACUGAUUACGGCUCUCGAAAAGAACAGCGAGACCCUCCAGAACAUCACAGAUGGGUUCUUAGGAAUCAGCAGGGAUUUCCGAUUAUUCUUUUUCUGGGAGGAACUCAAAACCUCCAUUCCGGGAAUGGGGCCAAGUAUGGUAUGUGGUUUCACGUUCGCAUCCACCCAAAGAGUAGGAGAGCUGAUGGGUCGGGAUAGAUUGUCGAGUAUGCAUCAGCAGUGCCAGAGGCCUUACCGGACGCCGGCAAGGCAUCCAUUCACGCGUCGCACAGCGAAAUGUGCAAGUUUCGGGACGAGAAUUCUCCUGGCUGGAACACGCUCGCGGGUUGUUUGUGCGAUUUUGUCAAACUGGCUCCGCCCGCUAUCGAGAUGAAAUGGAUGCAGGAGGAUCGUCGCAAUAUCCAGGCAAAGCAUGAUUUGCUUUCCAAUAUAAUUCAGUACGAUAUUCAUGCUGAUGUUGGAUUAUCCCCUCCGCCCAUCAUGCCGAGGACAAGAAGUCCAUCGCCAGAUGCGGGUACAAGUAGGAGAGCUUUAAUGGCACAAGGUGAUACACUUUUUCCGGAUUCUAUUUCCGAGCCCGAGGAGUCUUCCCGUAGAUCUUCUAGUCGUGGACGGGUUUCUCGCAGGCCUUGAGUUUUUGUUGUCGUCUUCGUUUCAAAAUCAUCUCUUAAGCAUAUCAAAACCAUGUUUUUUUUUUCUUUUUCUUUACUAGUUAUUUCUUAACUGACGGUUCACGAAUGUACAUAGAAACCCCUGAACCCACUACCUUGCUAGCAAUUAGAGACACCCCCUUCGUCAAACCGUUAUCGCUACAGGAGAACAAAUACUUCGAAGGCCGAGAGGAGGCCCUGUUCGAAUUGCAUGCGAUCCUUCAGUCGCCAACCCAGGGCGCAGUGACUAUCUCCGGACUCAGCGGUGCCGGAAAGACCCAUUUAGCAAGGGAGUACUUUUUCCGGAGGAAAAGCUACUAUCCCGGGGGUGCAUUCUGGAUCGAUUGCAAACCCAUGAUGCAAACUCUUUCCACCGAAUGUCUGGAUUUAGGGUUUUGUAUGAUCGCCGAAGAACUAGGGCUUCUGGGUGACUCUGGUGGGAACAACAGUAAUGUUAGCUUGAACAACGAUCCGAAAAUGAUUACUCGGUUGCGGGUUAUGGGAUGGUUUCAGAAACAUGACGACUGGCUGUUAGUCUUUGACGGGGCAAAUGUGGAAACGAACGAAGAAUUGGACUUGUUAGCGGAAUAUAUACCCAAGAGUAAAGCGGGAAGUAUCAUCCUGACCACCCUUAACUCAUCAUUCGCAGGAUCGGCCCGGCUGGGCGCCCCGGAGAGAUUGGAGUUGGAACCGGUCACGGACGACGAAGCCGUUAGAAUGUUGCUCCACUACUCACAAAUCAAGAACCCACCCGAUCCAGAGCUUUUGGCGGCAAGACAGCUAGUGCAACACCUAGGGCACAUCCCACUCACGAUACAUUCUGCCGGGAGUUGCAUCAAGCGAAAUAAACGCCCGAUAUCGGAUUACCUAAAAAAGUACGGAAAGCGACCAUUUGUGGAUCGAGAAGACUUGGAGCCUUUCCAUAUAAUUUUUGAUCACCUGGAGGAGCGCAGCGAUAGGUACCAAGAAGCAAGAAAUCUAUUAUGUCUGCUAGCUUUCAUGCACCGGGAGAUUCCAGUUCAAAUGCUAGUAACAGGUUUCAGGGGGUUGCCGUCCAGCGUCAAGCUGGUAGCGAAGGAUCGUGGGCGACGGGAUUUCAACAACACCAUUGGGCAUUUGUUGGCAUACUCACUUGUCGACCGGUGUGGUCAGCAGGAUGAGAAUAUCCAUGUGGAUACGUUAGUCCUGCAUAGUGUUGUCCAAGAUGUGUGUAUAUCUCGGAUGCGAAAGUCGGACAUCAGGAAGUGGCUUCAAUUUGCAAUCAAAAUGUUUUGCGGUUCCUUCGAUUACAUGGAGACUUGCAAGCGCUCAAAUGCAAGGUUCUUGGUAUCGGAUUAUCGGCGGUACGAGGUUCAUGGGGUGAGGUUGCUACAGCACGCGAAGAAGCGAGAGGUAGAGAUCGAAGAGUUAGCGAGGGUAUUAGACGAUAUAAAGACUGCCAUAAAUGACGAUCAGGCAGGGGCUAGGUGUAGUAUGUUUCGGAGUGGUAGCACCAGUGAUAGUGCUCCAGAGACAUCAUCUCCCGAGGGCUCCAGGAGGGCAACAUGGGAGGAUGACACCCUUCAUGAUGAACCGGAGCCUAUCCAAGACGACGACGAACGGCAGUCGAGAGCACCUGUGCGCUCGGGGACUGAUUCUAGAAACACCUCUGCUACUCGGAAAUGGAACACACCGCCUCUCAACGAUGACCGCGCCCACGAUUCCGAUUCCGAGGAUCCCUGGGGAGAAACGCCAACACCGGGACGGAGCCCUCGCGCUUCGAUGCCCCUGAUAGACCGGUCACGUAUCGAAUACAGGUACAAGCCAGCGAGACUCCCGCGCGCCUGGGUUCCGGGACAAACGCACGUUCAAGUCCAUGCCAAGCCACCAGAUUCACAAGUCACCCAGGAAACGGUGAUGCGUAGUCCCGCAACACUUCCAAGCCCCCUGCAGUCACCGACAGAAGCGGCAGCGGUGGCAACGGAUAGCUCCCCCCCAUCAAAGAAGGGCUGGAUAUUAUCUUACGUCCAGUCGCUCUUCAAGAAAACCUGGACAUCCGAACCUGCCGUUCCAACACCUCAAUGGCCGAAUCCCCCCACUGCGCAAGAGCUCCUGCACAGGUCAACAUUCCCGGGGAACCUCCCUCCAGCAGGAGCUGGCCACGGCGCACCACGCCCCCACUCGCGGGCCAGGACCCCACUCUCCGGCCUGGACCACCUCCACCACCCAUCUCCAUUACCACCCCGCAUGCUUAACACUGGUCACGGUCGAAGCCAGAGCCUCCCCUUCCAAAACCCGCACCCAAGCUCCCUCCCCGCACGUUACGGCGACUUCUCACUAUACAGCAGCAGUGGUAGCAACCAGCCACAAACUCCGAUAAACUACCCGGGCGAGGGCGGAUACCUGGACAUGCCACUACCAACCCCGCCUCCGUUCUCACCCGGCUACGCUCCCUCCCGCGAUACCGACCUAUCCUCCAGCCCCGUCGCCCGCAGCGUUGUAGGGCCACGCUACCGCUCUGCGAGUCUCUCCUGGUCCGAACCAAUACUUGGAUCUCCCCCUUCCCCCUCCUCAAAUACACACCACGGAAUAUCAUCUCCCGCGCCCUCCGCAUCGCCCUACUCCCCACUGCUGGGAUCGUCCUUUGGCGCGGCAAGCUCGGCCAGCAUGCGCCGGGGUAGGUCCAGCGGUGGCGCCAGCGCGCGAUCGCCCAGGAUCGCGAUGCUGCAGGUGACCGACUCGCCGAGGUGUUCUUCUACGCGGAUGAGUAGAGUCGUAUCCGAGCCCGUGGGCCACGUCGCCAGUGGGGGACCAGGAAGUCCGGGGCUGGGAAUUGGUGGCGUGAACAUUCCGUUUGACGUAAUCCCGAGAGUCACCGUUGCGCCCGGGACCCCGGAUGGCGAGGGCGCUGGCGGGGUGUGGGAUUGGGGCAGUGGCAGUGGCGGGAGAAGGAGGAGUGCGCCGGAUAGGCAACUGAGUGGGAGCGAAGAGGUUGGAAGUGCGGACAUGGCUAGGAGUCGGAGUGAGCCUGAGGCAACCACCGAGGGGGGCGGUGGAGUGGCGGAUGGGGGGGUGGAGAUUAUA